AUGGAUGACAUGGUAACGGUCCUCGCCAAAUCUACGGUGCUUCCGUCUAUGAGCAGGGAUUGUAAAAAGGGCAACUGGGCCAAUAUGGCGGCCAGGGAUGCAUUGUCGGUAAACACCCAUGCGGGACCCAGUAUGUUGAGGUGGGAAGCUCGCGAUGUCCCGUCAUCUGGACCCGACGGCAGCGCGUUAGCAUCAGUCGAGGUGACAUUGAUGCCAACAAAUAUUCUUAGAAGUGUGGCGAGGUGUCGGCUGAUGACUGGUCCAGGAGGGAGUGGGGAAGUGACUAUGAUGGGUAAGGGAGACCUCGGUAUCCGGUAUCAUGGAAGUACUGUUCAAGGUGGAACGAAGCGCAUCCAGUGUGAUCUAAUGAUGCUUAUACGAGAUAAGGUGGUGUUACCCGACAAUGCUAUCACCAUCGAUUCCCAUGCCGCUGCAUGCAAUCUAAAAUCUAGCAAGCCGCUGUUCUCCUCGACCCCAUACAAGACACGGAGCGAAAUAUCUGUGACCGUGGCGAAGAAUGAAGAUGUAGAACAAAAACGAAGGAACGAGUCCAUAGUGGCCUGUGUUGCCGACUCGAUAACCAGCCAGUGCAUCUGGUGGGAGGAUCGAAGGACGGUGGUUGUGUCAAUGUCGCGUAUAUCUGGUGCCCCGACGGUUGCAACGAAGUCAAUUAUUCGGAGGAGAGACCAACACGCAGCGAGAGACGUUUCCCAUCAUCGAUGGACGAAAGGACAUGCUGAAAUAUUUUCAGCAGUAUCUCGGGAGAAAGAAGAUUUAUGGGAGUGGAAUGCAUAUCAGAGUGGAGACGCUGUUCAAGAACGACUGAAGCAAUGCGGCCUGCCACAUGUACCACAGAAAGAACAGUUUUUAGUCUUACUGAAGAAGUUGUUCACGCAACCGAUCCUUCCAGCCGGUGCAACGGAAUCUUGUAUGGUACACAUUGCUGGGAGCCUAUCGUGGUACCUGUUCGAAAAGCUAUUCGAUGGCAUGAUCGGAAAAAGAAGUGGUCUCAGAGGCAAUGUGCUCGCUUUGAAAGUGAAGAACGAGUCGGGCCGAUACGUCGACAUGACUCUAGCAGAUGAAGCUAAGACGAGUCAGACCUUGAAGGUUACCAGCCACAUCGAACGUAAAUUCAGUUUCAAUUUCAUGCACGAAAGCAGAUUUUCCAUAGAAGAUGGGCGUAACACGCGUAUAUCGCGAAUGUAA